UGUGAGGGGCUGGACAGCUCUGAUUCUCCAGCAUUGUGUCUGAGAGCGUGGAGAUGUGGUGCUCAUUUAACAGCAGAAGCUCAGUGUGUGAGUGAGUGUGUGUGUGUGUCUAUGGGACGGAUCGCAGCUCCUCUCCUCACACAGAUCUCCUCUAGAAGCUCAUCUACUCUGACAGUGCCGAUGGCCUCCUCCGCUCGGAUCGCGUGCGCGCUGCUCUUCGUUUGGAUUCUUCUCUCGAGUCCCGCCGAAUCCAAGCGGAACCGAGGCGCGAUCCCUCACCCGGACAAGAACAACCCGAAUGAGUCGGACCAGCAGCAGCAGCAGCAGCAGCAGCAGCAGCAGCAGGCGGCCCCGGGCUCCAGAGGCAGGAGCCGCGGCUCGGAGGAGGUUCUGGAGUCCAGUCAGGAGGCGCUGCACGUCACCGAGCGCCGCUACCUGAAGCGCGACUGGUGCAAGACGCAGCCGCUCAAACAGACCAUCCACGAGGAGGGCUGCGUCAGCCGCACCAUCAUCAACCGCUUCUGCUACGGACAGUGCAACUCCUUCUACAUCCCCAGACACGUGCGCAGAGAGGAAGGCGCGUUCCAGUCGUGCUCGUUCUGCAAACCCAAGCGCUUCACCACCAUGACCUUCACCCUCAACUGCCCCGACCAGCAGCCGCCGACCCGGAAGAAGCGCGUGCAGCGCGUCAAACAGUGCCGCUGCAUCUCCAUCGAGCUGGACUAGAACCGAGAGCGGCGCGUCAGUGCGAGCACGCGAGUACUAGACGCGCUUGAUCUGCUGGAACUAGUGGAAGAGACGCAUCUGUCACCAUUACACACAACGAUGAACACACUAGUUCACAUGUGCGAUGACGCUUCUCCUUUUAGACACGAUUUUUAGGAACCUAAAUCCAGUUCAUCAUGUCUAAAUUUUGACUAGUAGUGCACGUGGGUAGUUGACAUGAAAAGUGUCAUUUUUAUUUUCUUAUGAUUAUUAAACAUGCGGUUUUAUGAGCUCCCUAACUUAACUGAGAGAUGCAUGGAUAGUUAUACUUUUAUAAACUAUGUUUAACUGCAGGAUUAUUGGAACACGAGUAUGAACUGGAAAAAAGCAUCCAAAAAUGUUUUGAGUAGCAGUACAGAGUGUCAUUCUUUCAUCUAAAACUAUUGUUUCAAACAACAUCUAAAUAUUUUUGAUGAUUAUUAAACAUGCGGUUUUUUGAGAUCAUUAAUUGAGAGAUGCAUGCAGUAUUUUUAUAUUUAUAAACUAACUGCAGGAAAAAAGGCACCUAAAAAUGAUUUUGCAUUCAUUUUGUACCAAAUAUUAUUAUUAGUUUUUUUAAUAUUUAAAAUCGUAAUACAUUUUGACUAGUAGUGCACAUGGGUAGUUGACAUAAAAAGUGACUUUUUUAAAUCUAAAACUAGAGCUUUAACCAACAUGCAAAUAUUAUGUAAUGAUUAUUAAACAUGCAGGGGUUUUUUUAGCUCAUUUGAGAAAUGCAUGAAUAAUUUGUACUUUUAUAAGCAAAGUUUAACUGCAGGAUUGCUGAACACCAGUAA